AUGGCAGGUCUUGGUGGAGCAUUUCGAAAUAGCAAAGAAGAUUGGCUUGUGGGUUACCAUAAAUCAUGCCAAGCUUUUUCUCCUAUCCAUGCAGAGUUGUUGGCCUUGCUAGAAGGACUGAAAAUUGCAAAGGACAUGAACUUCCUCAAUAUGGAAAUUGAAACUGAUUGCACGGAAGUUAUCAAACUUAUUUAUGAAGAUAACACUAACUAUUCUAAUAUUGUUUCUGAAUGCAGAUGGUUAAUGCACCAAUUGAAGAUCCCGCAGCUGAAGCAUAAUUUCAGGGAAGGCAAUAUGGCCGCUCAUCUACUGGCCAAACAAGCUGCCAAAAACCUACUAUCAUCUAAGUGUUUAUACCAUGUCUGUCCACCUUUUUUUGUGGAACAAGAAGUGAUCAAGAACAAGCAUGGAGUUUGUAAUAGUGUUAGGAGUAUUUCCAAGAAUGUUUGUAACUAUUUGACAACUAUGGAUAACAAUAGUGCCCUAAAAACAUCUACUAUGCCUAUGUAA